UGCCGGGAGCAGCUCCUGGAGCGCGAGGAGGAAAUCGCCGAACUCAAGGCUGAGCGCAACAACACCCGGCUGCUGCUGGAGCACCUGGAGCACCUGGUGUCGCGUCACGAGCGCUCCCUGAGGAUGACGGUGGUCAAGCGCCAGGCGCAGUCCCCGGCCGGGGUCUCCUCCGAGGUCGAGGUGCUCAAGGCCCUCAAGUCGCUCUUCGAGCACCACAAGGCCCUGGACGAGAAGGUGCGGGAGCGGCUGCGGGUGGCCCUGGAGCGCGUGGCCGUGCUGGAGGAGGAGCUGGAGGUGUCCAACCAGGAGUCCCUGUCCCUACGGGAGCAGCUGUCCCGGCGCCGCUCGGGCCUGGAGGACGCGGCCACCGACGGGGACACGGCGGUGAGGGGACAGAGGGGACAGAGGGGACAGGGGUCACGGGGUCAUCUCGGGGCCGUCCCCGAUCGCCGUCGCGAGGCCGAGCUGGAGGCGUCGCUGGGCCGGCACCGCGUGGCCGCUCUGUGCCGCCAGCUGGGCCGGCUGCAGGACGAGGCCAGCGCGGCCCAGAGGGAGCUGGCCCGGGCCCACGAGGCGGGGGCCAAACUCCAGAGGGACCUCAAGGAGGCGCUGGCGCAGCGUGAGGACAUGGAGGAGCGCAUCACGACGCUGGAGCGGCGCUACCUGAGCGCCCAACGCGAGGCCACGUCCCUGCACGACGCCAACGACCGGCUGGAGAACGAGCUGGCCAGCAAGGAGUCACUGUACCGGCAGAGCGAGGAGAAGGGCCGGCAGCUGCAGGAGUGGCUGGAGGACGCCAAGGCCAAGCUGCAGCUGACCCUGCAGAAGGCCGAGACGCUGCCCGAGAUCGAGGCCCAGCUGGCCCAGAGGGUGGCGGCGCUCACCAAGGCUGAGGAGCGCCACGGGAAUUUCGAGGAGCGGCUCCGGCAGCUCGAGGCUCAACUGCAGGAGAAGAACCAGGAGCUGCAGAGGGCGAGGCAGAGGGAGAAGAUGAACGAUGAGCACAACAAGCGGCUCUCGGAGACCGUGGAUCGGCUGCUGAGCGAGAGCAACGAGCGGCUCCAGCUGCACCUCAAGGAGAGGAUGGGGGCGCUGGAGGAGAAGAACUCGCUGAGCGAAGAAAUUGCCAACAUGAAGAAGAUGCAGGACGAGCUCCUGCUCAACAAGGAGCAGCUGCUUGCGGAGAUGGAGAGGAUGCAGCUGGAGCUGGACCAGCUCCGGGGGCGCCCCGGCUCUUCCUACUCCAGGUCCCUCCCGGGCAGCGCCCUGGAGCUCCGGUACCCCCAGAGCCCCCUCGGGGGGACCCCCCUGGACCCCCACGCCCCCCCCCGCCGGCCCAGGAAGGGGCGCUGGGCCCCCCCAAAAGAGGAGGGGUCUCUAAUUCCUCCCCCACCCCCCGUGCAGGACUGGGAGAGGGGGGGGCUCCCCCCGGAGGGUCCCCCCGAGGGUUCGGACGAGGAGGAGCCUCGGGGGGGGGUCCCGGGGGGGGGGGAACCCCCAAAAUCUCCGGGGGGACAGACGGACGUGCAGACCCUGGCGUUCAUGCUCCAGGAGCAGCUGGAGGCCAUCAACAAGGAGAUCAAGCUGAUCCAGGAGGAGAAGGAGAGCACGGAGCUGCGGGCGGAGGAGCUCGAGAGCCGCGUGGGGGGGGCGGGGCUGGAGGGGGGGACCCCCAAAUUCCGGGGGGGUCCCUCGGCCCUCCCCCCCGCCCCUCCCCCCGCGCUCAGCGGCCCCGCCCUCGCCAGCCCCUCCCCCCCCAGCAGCGGCCGCUCCACCCCCCGCCCCGCCCCCCCCAGCCCCGCGAGAGAGAAUCACGUCCCGAAGGAGGAGCCGCGGGGGGGGGCGGAGGAAAAGGGGGGGGGGCUGGUCCCCGAGGGUCCCGGAGCCCCCCCAGACCCCCUGCACAAGACCCCCCCCAAAAAGAAAAGCAUCAAAUCCUCCAUCGGCCGCCUCUUCGGGAAGAAGGAGAAGGGGAGGCUGGGACCCCCCCCGAGGGACGCCCCCUCCCUGGCCGGGACCCCCUCGGACGAGCUGGGCCCCCCCGAGGCGCUGGGCCUGGCCAAGCUCCCGGGGGGGGUGGACAAGGACCGGAGGAGCAAGAAAAAGCACGAGCUGCUGGAGGAGGCUUGCCGCCAGGGGCUGCCGUUCGCCGCCUGGGACGGCCCCACCGUGGUCUCGUGGCUCGAGGUGUGGGUGGGGAUGCCAGCCUGGUACGUGGCCGCGUGUCGCGCCAACGUCCGCAGCGGGGGGGUCCUGGCGAACCUCUCGGACCCCGAAAUCCAGCGGGAAUUGGGGAUCUCCCACCCCCUGCACCGGCUGAAGCUGCGGCUGGCGGUGCGAGAGAUGGUGUCACUGACCAGUCCCUCCGCGCCCCCCUCUUCACGGACUUGCACGGGGAACGUGUGGAUGACGCACGAGGAGAUGGAAUCGCUCCCGGCCACGCCCAACGCGGAGCCGCGCGAGAUCAGCUGGGAACAGAUCCUGGCCCACGGGGACAUGAACCACGAGUGGGUGGGGAACGAGUGGCUGCCCAGCCUGGGGCUGCCCCAGUACCGCAGUUACUUCAUGGAGUCGCUGGUGGACGCGCGGAUGCUCGACCACCUCAGCAAGAAGGAGCUGCGGGGGCAGCUGAAGAUGGUGGAUUCCUUCCACCGGGUGAGCCUGCACUACGGCAUCAUGUGCCUCAAGCGCCUCAACUACGACCGCAAGGAGCUGGAGCGGCGGCGGGAGGAGAGCCAGGGGGGCACCUCCGAUGUGGUGGUGUGGUCCAACGAGCGGGUCAGUGCCUGGGUCAGCAGCGUGGGGCUGCGCGAGUUCGCCCCAAACCUCGGCGAGUCCGGCGUGCACGGGGCGCUGCUGGCGCUGGACGACACCUUCGACUGGGCUGACCUGGCCCUGCUCCUCCAGAUCCCCACCCAAAACUGCCAGGCGCGGCAGCUGCUGGAGAAGGAAUUCAGCGCUUUGAUCUCGGCGGGCACCGAGCGGCGCCUGGAUGAGGACGCCCCCAGACCCUUCAGCCGCUCCCCGUCCUGGCGGAAGCUGUUCCGGGAGAAGGAGCUGCGGGGGGGGGGUCCCGAUGCCGCUGAGAUGUUGCCCCCCAACUUUCGGGGGGGACCCCUGGGGACCCCCCCCCUUCCCCUGCGCAAGGUCCAGCCCGAGGGGAAUUCGCUGCCCCCCCCGAGGGGGGAUGGGGGGGUCUCGGAGCCGGUUUACCGCAGCCCCCUGGGUCCCCCUCCCCAGUUUUCCUGCACCUAUUCCGGGGUUCGCUACGAGCGCUGGUUUUUGGGGGGCUGCGCCCCCGGGACGGACCCCUCGGUGUCGGUGCCGGUGGCUCUGGGCUGUCACUGCGGCCGCUGCCCCAUGGCCGCCACCGACUGCGCCGUGCUGGGGCUCGGCCCCUCCUUUUGUGGGGCUCCGGGGGGGUUUGGGGGGGUCCUGAACCCUCCCUAA